AUGUCGAAGCUGGCCGAGACCGAGGAGGAGCUGCGCGGCGGCAAGCCGUCGGCCGCGGCGCUGGCCGCGGCGGGCGCCAAGGCCUGGGCGGAGAUGCAGCCCGACGGCGCCGCGUCGCUGGAGCGCCUCGCGUCGCUCGCGGCGGGCGGCGACGCCGUCGCCAUGUGCGACCUCGGCAUCCUGCACCAGCGCGGCGAGCGCGGCGCGCCGAAGAGCCUCGAACUCGCCGCCGACUGGUUCCGCCGGUCCGCGGAGGCCGGCGACGGCCGCGGCGCGACGAACUGGAGCGUCGCGCUCGCGCGCGGCGACGGCGUGCCCAAGGACCCCGUCGAGUCCAUCAAGUGGUACCGCGCGGCCAAGGACGCGACGCCCGGCGGCGGCAAGAUCUGGGACAAGCACAAGCUGCGCGUCGUCGCGAUGGCGCGGGCCCGCGGCAUGAGCCGCACGUCCGACGAGGUGACGUCCCUCGUCGCCGCCGUCCAGGAGCACAUCAAAUUCAAGCAGCUCGCCGUCUACUCCAUCGACACGUUCUGCAAGGUGCUGGCCCCCCCGAACCCGCGCUGGCGCGAGUACAUCGACGUGGCCAUCGACAUCGACGCGGCGUCGACCGUGAUCCGCGUGAUCAAGAAGCACCCGGGCAACGAGGCCGUGCUCAUGGCGUCGACGCGGUGCCUGAGCCGGUUGGCCGUCGACGCGACGAACGCGACGAUCAUCGGCGAGGAGGGCGGCGUCGACGCCGUGCUCGAGUCCAUGGCGGCGAACGACGGGUUGGACCAGGAGGUGCUGUUGAAUUCCCUGAGCCUCAUCGACAAGAUGUGCAACCACCCGAAGUCGCUGGAGAAGAUCGUCACGGCGCACAUGAUCGGCAACGUCGCCAAGGUCAUGGAGGCCAACGCGGCCGACACGCAGGUCGUGAGUCUGUGCGCGAAGAUUCUGGAGAAAAUGACGCGGGCCAACGCGGGCAAGGAGGGGGUCCGCGCGGCCGAGGCGGACGGGAACAGCAUCUCGACGCCGUGCCUCGCGCCGCUCGCGUCGAUCGCGGCGACGAAGCGCUGCAGCGACGAGGACGCGGCGUCCGUCAUCGACGUCGCCAAGGUGUUGAUCAAGCUCAUCGGCUACGACGACCUCGGCGUGGCGGCGUCGCUCAAGUCCAAGGGCGCGCUGAACACGCUGCUCGGCGUCCUCGGGGUCUACCCGGACGACGAGAACAUGGCGCGCGUCGUCUCGAAGCUGCUCAUCGUGCUCAUGGAGGGCGGCAUCGCCGAGCUCAUCGAGCAGAUCAAGGCCGGCGGCCUCAGCGCGGACCAGGUCGAGCGGCUGCUGCAAUUGCUGUCCGCGCUCGCGAUGGACGGCGACUUCGCGGACGAGAUCGCCAAGAGCGGCGGCAUCCUGGCCGUCAUCGGCGCCUUCGAGGGCAACAUCAGCGCGCGCGCCAUGGAGGAGAUCGUGCGCCUCAUCGGGCGCCUGGCCCUGUCGUCGACGAAUCUGGACGACAUUUUGUCGUCGGGCGCCAUCGAGAAGCUCGUCUUCUGCCUCCGGCAGCCCGCGACGCCCGUGGACCUCAAGGCGCAGAUUCUCGGCGCCUUCAACAAGAUCUCGACGCAGGCGAACACGACGGCCCACGUCGCGCGCUGCCCCGGCGCCGUCGACGCCAUCGUCGGCGCGCUGGCCGCGCACGGCGCCGAGAGCGGCAAGGUCGCGCGCGAGGGCUGCAAGUUCCUCGCGGCGCUGCUCAAGGAGGGCGACGGCGCCGAGGCGGCGGCGGCGGGGCUGACGACGAGCGGCCUCGACGCGGCGCUGGCGGCCCUCGUCGCGGCGAUGCGCGCGAACGCGGACGACGUCGCGACGCAGCUGGCUGUGCAGCUGGCCGGCACGCGCGCGCUCGGCGCGCUCGGCGCGACGCCGUCGGCCGUGGAGCGUCUCGUGGCCUUCGACGCGGCGGCCGUGGUGCUGGCGAAUCUGGUGAACCACGCCGCGGACGCGGAGCUCACGAAGGAGUCGCUCUACCUCCUGUCGACGCUCGUGAUCGGCUGUGUGAUCGGCGCGCCGGCGACGGGCGCCGAGGCCGUGCGCGUCGGCGGCGGCCUCGACGCCAUCGUCGCCGCGGUCUGCGCGCACCCCGACGACGCGUCCGUGCGCAAGGCGGCCAUCGAGCUCGUCGAGUCGCUGUCCAACGACGCCCUCGUGGCCGCCAAGGUCGCGGAAUUGCGCGCGUUCGGCGACAAGAUCGCCGCGGGCGCCGCGAGCGAGCAGGAGGUCGCCGCCAUCCCCCUGGCGGCCAUGGCGUUAGGUGUGCUGGCCAUGGUGCCGGCGAACGUGCCGCGCCUCGCCGCGAACGACGCCGCGACGCCCAUGGUGCGCCUCAUGGGCGCGGUCGCGUCGAUGAAGGCCGCGGACAUGCCCCACGUCGACGAGCUGCUGGGCACCUUCGCCGGCGCGCUCGUGGAGCUCGAGGCUGGCGACGAGAGCGGCGCGUUCCCCGACGACGAGGCGCUCGCGGCGGCCGUGGCCGUCGUGAAGAACCACACGGCCGCCGUCGCGGCCGUCGUGCCCGCGCUCAAGCUCAUCCGGGCCAUCUGCGGGCGGAACCACGAGGCGGGCCUGCGCAGCGGCGUCGUCGAGGCCGUGUCCAAGGCCAUGGCCUACCACUGCGCGGGCGAGGACCUGACGGGCGAGGCGGCCGCGGACGGCGCGUUCGCGGCCGCGUGGAAAUCAACCAGCGAGCUGGGGUUCGCGGCCGUGCUCGAGACGUCCGCGGGCGCGCUCUACGGCCUGUGCAAGACGACGGAGGGCGCGGCCAAGGUCGGGUCGCGCAACGGGCCCAAGCCCUGCAUCGCGGCCCUCGGCGCCUUCGUCGAGCGCGCCGCGGGCGACGAGGGCCUCCGCGACGACGGCGCGGUCGCCGCGGGGCUGCUGGACUGCCUCCGGGUCCUCGAGCGCGUCGGCGCGACGGCGCCGGAGGCGGCGAAGCAGAUGUCGCAGCAGGGCGCCGUGGGCGCGCUCUUCGACGCCAUGGACGCCAAGAGCGGCGACGCCGACUUUGUGGCCCAGUGCGAGAAGACGAUCGGCGUCUUGGUGUCCGAGGAGGACGCGCUGGCCCUGCUGGCCAAGGUCAAGGCCGUCGACCUCGGCGCCGUCGCCGGCGGCGACGCCGAAACGAUGCGCGACGCCCACGGCGACGUCGGCAAGCUCGGGCUCCUGCUCAUGUGCGGCGACUUCGCGGGCGCGAUCCGCGCGGCGCGCGGCGGCGAGACCAUCGCGGAGCUCCUGAAGGCGACGGUCCAGGCGCCGGAGUCCAAAACGAAAGCGAACCUCGUGCGCGCCUGCAUCACGGCCCUGGGCCGCGCCGCGGGCCGGGGGCUCCGCGUCGAGGGCGCGCUCGAGCUCGUGCCCGUUUUAGUGAAGGAGCUCCAGGAGAACCCCUCGAAGGACGUCGUCAACGCGAUCGCGUCGCUCGUGAGCGACGCCGAGGUCUGCGAGGCCUUUGUGCUCUGCGGCUGCGUGGAGGCGCUCCUGCCGCUGUUGGACGACGAGCAGCUGCGCGAGCCCGUCUUCGCGUGCCUGUCGGCGUUCGCGAAGAACUCGGGCGACGGCGCGGCCGCGAUCGUCCGCGGCGGCGCGUUGCCCUUCAUCUGCGCCUACGUGAGCGACAACAUGGCCGAGGCGCGCGCCGCCGUGGACCGGGGCGAGGUCACGGGCGCCUCGCCCGUCGCCGAGGCCAUCCGUCUGUUGGCGAAUCUGGCGGCGCACGGCGACGCGGAGACGCUGCUCGGCGCGGGCACGCUCAAGGUCAUCGAGCAGAUCUUGGACGCCCUGGGUUUAGCCCCGGACAAGGAGUCCAUCGAGGCCGUCGUCGGGCUCAUGAAGAAUCUGGCCGAGCGCCACGCGGGGCUCACCGUCGACAUGGUCAAGGGCACCGCGCGCAAGCUGCUGGGGCUCAUGAACAAUCUCUGCUCCUUGGACGACGUGGACCUCGCCGUGCCGGGCCUCGAGCAGUGCGCCGAGCUCUUGGAACUGCUGGCCAUGGACGCGGACACGGCGCAGCGCUUCGCGGACGCGAACGCGGCGGACGUGCUCAUCAGGGCAGCACAAGAGAGCGAAAUUCCCAACUUCAAAGGCUCCGAUCUCGGCCAUUUUCCACUCGUGCUCAUCCGCGCGAUGAACAAGUUCCCGAACCACAUCGGCCUGGCGACGAAGUGCGCCGCGGCGCUCGCGAAGAUCGCCGGCGGGGGGAGCGGGCUGGAGGCGAUCCUGGCCAAGGCCGACGAGCUCGCGUACGCGUCCGCGUCGGGCGACGCGCAGGUUCUGGGCGAGCUCGCGGCGACGAUGCGCCUCCUGGGCAACCUCGUGCUCCAGCCGGGCCUCGUGGACCAGGCCGUCGCGGACCGCGUCAUGCAGACCAUCGUCGGCGCCCUGGACCAGCUCUACGCGCUGGCCCCGUCCGACGAGCAGCAGGACGCGAUCGCCGCGACGCUCGCGCUGCUCUCGCGGUUGAUGAACGUCGAGGGCGUCGUCAUCCCGGAGGAUCUGGCCCUCCACUGCCUCCAGGGCGCCUUCGGCGAGGGCAUGGGCGACGCGCUCAAGGCCGCGGCCUGCGCGACGCUCGGGUCGCUGGCCCGGGGCGGGCCGACGUCGAUCCGCGCGAUCGCGUCGUGCGGCUUGAUCGCGCACGUCCAGUCCAACGCGGACAAGGCGUCGCGCGCGCGCGGCGGCGACGGCGGCCUCGCCGGCGAGGCGGCGUCGGCGUUGUCGACGCUGCUCCAGCAGGCGCUGAGCCACGCCGCGGAGCUCGCGGCGGACCCCGAGGGCGCGGCCGCGCUCGCGGCGCUCCUCGGCGGCGUCCGGGACCCGGGCCUGCUCGAGGACGCGCUCAAGCAGGUGCUCGGCGUCGAGGGCGGCGCCCAGGCCCUGCUCGAGGCGCUGACCUACAUGAACUACGCCGGGGGCUUCGCGGGCUACGAGGGCUGCGCGGCCGCGAUCGUCGCGGCGCUCGGCAAGCACAAGGACGCGGUCGCCGCGGGCGCGACCUACGUCGCCGAGGCCGUGCCCUGGAAGAUCGAGCACGUGUCGGCGCUCUGCGGGUCGCGGAGCGUCCUGAAGCAGAUGGACGCGCUGCGGCUCCACGACGCGUCCAUGGCGACGGCCGACGGCGCGAAGCUCUGCUUCGCGGGCUACGAGCCGGCCUUCCUCGGCCUCGUCGCCGAGGACCUGGUCCCGGACGGCGGCGACGGCUCGCCGGGCGCGCCCAUCGACGUCUCCGAGGGCGUGCCGGCGGCCCGGGCGCUCGCGGCCGCGGACCUGAUCGCCAAGGCCGUCGCGCACGGCGACGCGGACGCGAACAACGGCCUCGUCCACUACGAUCUACCGAAAGCCAUGGUGAAUGCUUUAAAAUCGAAGCUGCGCCGCGGCGAGGAGCCCUUCGUGCAGAACGAUUUGUACGCUUUAAACGGCAUGGCGGACACGCUCGGCGUCGAGGCGAUGAAGCUGAGCAAGGAGGCGAUCCGAUUGGUCACGGACACGGUGCGCUUCCACCCGAAGUCGGCCUACAUCCAGGAGACCGGGGCGGCGCUGCUGGCCAAGCUCACGGCGGCCUUCGCCGGCGGCGCCGAGGAGCAGCUCGAGGAGCGGCUCAACGGCCUCGCGGGGUUCCACGCGGCGGCCGCGGACUGGCAGUGCAUCGCGUCCGCGGACGGCGCCUACUUCUUCAACGGGGCGAGUCAGGAGUCGGCCUGGGAGCAGCCCCAGGCCCACUUCGCCUUCAUGCAGGAGCUCGGCGACCUCGUGGGCCUCGUGGACCAGCUCGACGGCGACCUCAGCGGCAUCGACCCGUCGUCCAUGGCGGGCCUCGUGGGCUGCCUCGCGACGCACUCGCGCGACGCGGGCGUGCUCGGCCGCGUGGCCCACAUCCUCGCGGCCAUGGGGAGGGACGCGGGCGCGCUGGACCACCUCGCGGACAUGGCGGGCCUCGAGAACCUCGUCGCGGCGCUCGAGCACUGCGGCGGCGACGAGGCCGUUUUGAUGGACGCGUCGGAGCUGUUGGGCAACCUCGCCCAGCUCGACAAGAUGAAGGCGCGCCUCGGGCUCCGGGAGUACGUCGCCGUGCUGAACCAGACGGCGCUGGACCACAUGGCCAACGGCGUUUUAGUAUUGCGCUGCCUGACGAUUUUAGGCCACCUCGCGUUCAACAACGACGAGGUCAUCGGCUACGAGAUGGAGGUCAACGUGCCCUACACGCUCAAGUGGGCCCUCCAGCAGCACAUUUUGGACGCGAAGCUCGUCGAGAUCGCCGUCUUCACGUGCUCGUCGCUCUUGACGGAGAACGAGGAGCAGAAGGCCUACGUCUGCGACCAGCUCACGCCCGAGUUCGUCGAGGCGCUCAAGCUCUACGCGGCGGAGGCGUCCUUCUUCACGAAGACGAUGCGCUGCAUGGGCAACAUGUCCAUCGUCGACGCGUGCAUCUUGACGAUGACGGCCGCGGGCUCCGUGCCCCUCGUCGUCGCGGGCAUGGACGUCCACAUGGACGACUCCAAGGUGUUGCGGACGGCCGUGGAGCUCUUCUCCAACUUUGGCGCGACGGAGGACGACGACAUGGACGAGCAGGCGACGACGUACCUCAUCGACGGCGGCGCGAUCGGCGCGAUCAAGAAGGUGCUCGCGGAGCACGCGUCGGCCAACGACGCGACCCUGCUGACGGCCUGCUUCGACGCGCUCUACAACAUCGGCAACGACGAGCGGGCCGCGCGCGUCGUCACGGACGGCGGCAUCUGCGAGAUGACGCUCGACUGCAUCCGCCAGUACGACUUCAACGCGGGCCUGCUCCAGCAGUGCGUGAAGCUCAUCUCGGUCUUGACCUACAACGAGUUCUCCGUGGAGCGGCUCACGGCCAUCGGCACGACGGCCGCGCUGCUCUCGGCGCUCGCCGCGCACGCGAACGACGAGGAGUUCGUCGUCGACUGCAUGCUGUCGCUGUCGAACCUGGUCACCGUGCCGGAGAACGCGCGCGUUUUUCUGGAUAAGAGCCACCUCAAGGUCGUCUUCGAGCUGCUGGACGUCUACGACGGCAACGCGGAGGUCGUCAAGUUCGUGCUCAUCACGCUCGUGCGCCUCGCGGCGGACGACGAGCUGUCCAAGGCGACGGCGGAGGACGGCAUGUCCCACGUCAUGCGGGCGACGUCGUCCUUCGUCGAGGACGCGGACGUGCUCAAGUUGAUUUUUGAGCUCCUGGGCCAGCUCGCGUUCGUGCCGGCCAACAAUCGCGCGCUCGUGUCCGCGGGCGGCAUUAAGGUGCUGCUCAACACGAUGGAGACCUUCGACGACGACCCGGAGCUCAUCAUCAAGACCAUCACGACGCUGGACAACCUCGUGUCCGCGGACAUGGAGUACGCGGCCGUGGUGUUGGAGCGCGACGGCGAGGGCCUGCUCAAGUCGUGCAUCGACAAGUGGAGCCACGACCCGGCCGUCGUCCAGUGCGGCCAGACGGCUUUGCUGUCCAUCCAGGCCAUGCUCGCCCAGAAGGAGAAGGGCCGCACGAACCGCGCGGCCCUCUUCGCGCGCCUCGGCGACGACAUGGACGCGUCGAAGCUCAAGACGGAGCGCCUGAAGGUCAAGGACGUCGACGUCGAGCCCACGGAGGACCCGCUCAAGAAGUUCCGCGAGUCGCUCAAGAACGGCAUCAUCUUCAAGGAGUGGAAGGACGGCAAGGCCGUGUCCCGCAAGCUCCUCGUCGGCGAGGCCUUCGACAGCGUCCUCACGCGCGAGGUCCGCGGCACGGGGGCCAUCGCGACGCGGCUGCCGCUCGCGAAGAUCCGCCGCGCGGAGCUCGGCAACGGCCAGGGCCACAUGCAAAAAAGCCUACUCUCGAAGAAGCUCAAGCCGGGCGCCAAGCAGGGCAGGACAAGAGAGCGAAAUUCCCAACUUCAAAGGCUCCUUUCUCGGCCGUUUUCCACUCGCGCCAAGGAGGAGCUCUGCUUCGUCGUCAAGGGCAUCAACGGCGACGACCUCCUCUGCGGCGAGUCGAAGACGAAGGCGGACGCGGCCUACGCGAAGGAGGCCCUCGAGACCAUGCUCAACUGCGCCUCCAAGUGGCCCCACCGCCUCGUCUCCGGAUAG